AUGAAGACUUGGUGUCUUGUCACCUUGUCUUUUGUUCUGUUUUCUGCGCUUUUCUUUGACACUUGCAGUCCUGCUGCCUUUUCUGAAGAAACAGCGUCGAAGCUGAAAAGAACCUACAAUGAAGAAACCAAAAGUUUUGGAAAAGCGGCUUUAAACGAUCGCGGGGAGAAUGACCAUUGGGCCAGGGAAUAUGAUGAAAACGAUGUAGAUGACCAUGACUGGGCUAACGACAAAGACGAUUCAGCAAAUAAAGAUGAAAACAAUGAAGAUCAAGGUGACAUGGAAAACGAAGAAGGCGGAAAAUAUGAAGAUGAAACACAAGAUACAAUUGAGGAGGAUGAUGAAUGCGAAGACAAAGAAUCGAGUGAUUUGUUAGAGGACGACUACGACAAUGACGAUGAUAAUGAUUAUUAUGAUGAUGAUGACGCUGAUGAUUUGUCUGAUAAAUCAGAUCUUGCUGAAUGGGAUGUAGAUAAUGAUGAAGAGGGUAGGUUUUUUUUCUUUUUUCUUUUUUUUUUUUUAAAUCGGGUUUAUUAUAAAGGUCAGGAAAAUUACGUUGAUAAGUUAAGCUCCUGGUUCGUUUCGCCGCUUUUCUUUAUAGUUAACGAUCCUUAGAUGGACGUUCUCAAUUUAUCUAUUUUUUAAAUUCAUUUUCAUUUUCCAAGAUUAAAGCAAGGUGCAUGAUUUGUUGCUCUUGGUAGUUUGCCUCCCCUUCAGCUGUAAACCUUAAGAGCAUUUGGAUUCCAGCUGUAAAUAAACAGCGUCUAGAAGACUACGAAGUAAAGACCUUGAGUACCGAUAAUCUGGUGUAAACCCAACUGACAAAGUUUUAAGUUUGACCGUAGACACUGCGGUAACUUGAUAAAUGUGUACAACACGGAUGUCGCUAAUAAAGAAAAUAAGAUACGAAGUUUCAAUAUGACGUGUUGUAGCUUGUAACGUAACGGAUAUCAGCACUAACUAAUUCAUGAUCAUGAUGUGCACCGCUAAGUCGAUGAAAUCAUUCUUUUUAUUCUUUUUUUUCAUUUUGAACUAAAUGGGUAAUUGUAUAUUUCAAGCAGUAGGAACAAAGAUAUAUCGCAUACAAGACCGUGAUCGAUGUAGUGGACGUCGAAGAGGUGGGCGAGGUAGACAACAAGGACAAAGGAGAGUACCCAGGCGACACGGGCCACGUAGGAGACCAAGACCACGCGCAGUAGUUAAAGCAAGACCACCACGACCAUGGAGAGCCACUUCACGACGUAUCACAGCAAGACCACCACGACCAUGGAGAGCCACUUCACGACGUAUCACAGUGUCUACUCCAAGUGUAACCGUACCAGUUUCAGGUGGGAAAGGACCUACUCCAGGAGGGAAUGUUCUAACUCCCACGGAGGAACGAUAG